ACGAAAAUCAAUUCAUUUGCCUUUACAUAAACUCAAUCAAGUACUUUUACCCAAGCUCUAUUCAAGCUUAGGGUAUUUUGAGGGGUGUAACAUUUUAUUCUUUGCAUUGGUAAAUUUCCUGUUUAAGCCAUAUAUAUAUAUAUAUUGAUGUCGAUAAUAAUUGAUGCUCUAAGAAAGCAAGCACAUAAAUGAAUGGGACAACAAUCUCAAGACUUGUCCUCCCAAAACAACAACAGAUUCGCUCGUUUCACUGUUACUCAGCCUCAUACGACAUAGGAACAUGCAUUACAUCCCUUCAACAAUGUGCACAAACCACAAACCUCACCAAAGGCAAACAACUCCACACCCAUUUGCUCAAAAAUGGUUUCUUUGCAUCCCCACUCGCCAUCACCAGCAUCAUCAAUAUGUACUCCAAAUGCACCCUCAUCAACUAUGCUCUCAAAGUUUUCAACUACCCAACCCAUCAUGACAAAAAUGUAUUCGCUUACAAUGCAAUCAUUGCUGGAUUCGUUUCAAACGGACUCUCUCAACACUCGUUUGGUCUUUACAAGCAAAUGCGCCUUCUGGGUGUUGUUAUUCCUGAUAAAUUCACGUUCCCGUGUGUGAUCAGAGCUUGUGGUGAUGCUGGAGAUGUUUUUGAGGUUAAGAAGAUUCAUGGAUUGUUGUUUAAAUUUGGGUUGGAAUUGGAUGUUUUUGUUGGAAGUGCUUUGGUUACUACUUAUUUGAAAUUUUGGUUGGUUGUGGAUGCACAUGAGGUGUUUGAGGAAUUGCCUGUUAGAGAUGUUGUGCUUUGGAAUUCGAUGGUUAAUGGAUAUGCACAGAUUGGGUGCUUUGAGGAGGCUUUGGGGAUGUUCAGGAGGAUGGUGGAAAAUGGGGUGGUUCCUUGUAGAUAUACGGUUACCGGUGUUUUGUCGAUAUAUUCUGUGAUAGGAGACUUUGACAACGGACAGGCUGUUCAUGGAUUUUUGACGAAAAUGGGUUAUCAUUCCAGUGUUGUUGUUUUGAAUGCACUGAUUGAUAUGUAUGGGAAAUGCAAAUGUGCUAGUGAUGCUUUGAAUGUAUUUGAGGUUAUGGAUGAGAAGGAUAUGUUUUCAUGGAAUUCGAUCAUAUCAGUUCAUCAACGGUGUGGUGAUCAUUACGGAACUUUGAAGCUUUUUGAUAGGAUGCUUGGCAAUAAGGUUCAGCCUGAUUUGGUUACAGUUACAACAGUACUUCCGGCUUGCACUCAUCUAGCAGCCUUGAUGCAUGGUAGAGAGAUACAUGGGUAUAUGAUAGUAAAUGGGUUGGGUAAGGAAGGAAGAAACAAUGACUUUGAUGAUGUUCUAUUGAACAAUGCUUUGAUGGACAUGUAUGCAAAAUGCGGAAGUAUGAGAGAUGCUCGCAUGGUUUUUGAUAACAUGACAGAGAAGGAUGUGGCCUCAUGGAACAUCAUGAUCACUGGUUAUGGAAUGCAUGGUUAUGGUGAUGAGGCAUUAGAUACGUUUACUCGUAUGCGUCAAGCUCAAUUGGUACCGAAUGAAAUCAGUUUUGUUGGAUUAUUGUCUGCAUGUAGCCAUGCUGGCAUGGUGAAGGAAGGGCUCGAAUUUUUAGCUGAAAUGGAUUCAAAAUAUGGGGUACCGCCAUCCGUUGAACACUACACAUGUGUGAUUGACAUGCUUUGUAGAGCAGGGAAGCUCGUGGAGGCUUAUGAUUUAAUGCUAACAAUGCCCUUUAAAGCUGAUCCUGUCGGAUGGAGGGCUUUGCUAGCAGCAUGCCGUAUCUACAAAGAUACAGAUUUGGCUGAGAUUGCAGCAAGUAAGGUGAUUGAACUUGAGCCAGGUCAUUGUGGAAAUUAUGUGUUGAUGUCAAAUGUUUAUGGAGUAGUUGGUCGAUACGAACAAGUAUCUGAGUUGAGACAUACAAUGAGGCAACAAAAUGUGAAAAAGAGACCAGGUUGUAGCUGGAUUGAACUCAUGAAUGGUGUGCAUGUAUUUCUAACGGGUGAUAGGACCCAUCCCCAAACUGAUUUUAUCUAUGCUGGUUUAAAUUCAUUGACAGCAGUUUUGCAAGAGCAAGGCUAUGUCCCGUUGGUCUAGCAUUUGCAAAGUAUGCAUGAAUGCAGGUUUCAGAUACGACAACAUCGGUUUACCAUCUUAUAAAUUGCAGAACUUCAGGACUUAUAAUUGUAGAGGACUAGUUCAGAACAAGGAUUUUGGUAAACAUCGAACCUUGAUUUAUCUCUCAAAACAAUAAACAAUUUGUUGAACUCAUGGUAGUCAUUGAAUUUGGGACCAGAUUUUUUUUCCAUUCUAUACAUACAAACAAAAGCACUUAGAUGUAAAUAUUAAAUUUAACCUUCAGAGUUCAGACACGGUUGUACUUGCUGAGGUUCUCCGUCUCAAUAUUCACACAGGAAACAGUUUUUAA